UGCGUCUCCGACCAGUAGAAAUCACAGAGGAAGAAAAAGCUGCUUUGGGUAUCUCCUGAGCAGUUGAGUUAUUACACCGAACUAAUCACCUCCAGAUUAAAUUAUUCCUGACAAAGUUUUACAGUUAGAUUUGAUCGAGUUUAAAAAUAAAAGCUGGUUAUUUUGUCUGUGUUUUAGGAAUUAAAACUCCGUUCUGUUUUUAAACCCGAGAAAUGUUGUCAUGAGUUCAGCAGGAGACAGACAGCACUCUUUCAGAAAGUCUCGGGCUCCCGAUCCAGCUCACUCACAGCUGUCUGAGGAUGUGAAAAGAGAGUGUUUAGAUGAAGGGACAGAAGUGUGUGUGAAGAAGGAGGAGAUGCUGCAGCUGAACAUCUACAACCAUGGACACGCCUUCAACACCAUGCCUGAAGUUCUCCCCAUUAAAGAGGAAGAAUCUGACACCGAAGACUUCCUCUACUGUGAGGUCUGCAAAUCGUUCUUCUUCAACAAGUGUGAGGUUCACGGUCCUGCACUCUUCAUCCCUGAUAGCCCUGUUCCCAUGGGGGGCGUUGACCGAGCCAGACAGACUCUUCCUCCUGGACUAGAGGUUCGGAAGUCCGGUAUUCCUGAUGCGGGUCUGGGAGUGUUUAAUAUGGGGGAGACUGUUCCAAUUGGUGCACACUUUGGACCGUACCAGGGAGAGCUGGUAGACCGAGAGGAUGCCAUGAACAGCAGCUACUCUUGGGUGAUAUACAGGAGCAGGCAGCGUGAAGAAUACAUAGAUGCUAAGAGAGAGACGUAUGCUAACUGGAUGAGGUAUGUGAAUUGUGCUCAUAAUGACGAAGAGCAGAAUCUUGUGGCGUUUCAGUAUCGAGGGGAAAUUGGUAAAGUCCAAACUAAAGUGGAUAACUCUCCGGUACAAGUUGUCUCCUGCUCCUUGUGUCCACGUUCCUAUACUUCUCAACUUUACUUCGACAAACACAUGCGGAGACGCCACCACGAGGAGUAUGUGAGACUUCAGAAAUCAGGAGAGAUUCAGAUGUCCACAAAAGGCACCAGUAAUCAGCAAGCAUCAUCUGCUACUCUGAGUCCUAACACAUUUCCGAAAGAUAUUCACCACUGCUCAGAGUGUGGAAAGAGUUUUACUCAUCCGAGUUCUCUACAACGACACCAGCGUAUUCACACAGGAGAGAAGCCUUAUCACUGCUCAGAGUGUGGAAAGAGUUUUACUGAACACAGUGCACUACAGCUACACAAGCGCAUUCACACAGGAGAGAAGCCAUAUCACUGCUCAGAGUGUGGAAAGAGUUUUAUUCACCCGAGUAAUCUCCGAAAACAUCAGCGUAUUCACACAGGAGAGAAACCGUAUUAUUGUUUACAGUGUGGGAAGAGUUUUACACAACAGAGUAAUCUUCAACAACACCAGCAUAUUCACACAGGAAAGAAGCCGUAUCCCUGCUUACGUUGUGAGAGGAGUUUUAAUCGCCUGGAUAUUCUCAGAACACAUCAGAGUAUUCACACAGGAGAGAAGCCCUAUCGAUGCUCACAAUGUGGGAAGGGUUUUGAUCGCCAGAGUCGUCUCAAACUCCACCAGAGCAUUCACACUGAAAAGAAGUAAUAUCACUAGCCAUCUGCAUUAUAAGAUGUUGGUUGUGUACUGCCUACACUGGUGCACUGUGACUAAAAUUAUGUGGACACCUGACCAUGAAACUCAAAACUGUUGCCACAAUGAUGGAAAAUUUCCAUCGCAGGAAUGGAGGGGCCCAAAAGAAGGAGUCAGGAUCACUGUUAUUACUGUGAUGUGGUCAUAUCUUCUGGUUCUAGGAAGGAGUCUUGUAGCUGCAUUCUGGACUAACUGGAGCACCUACUGGAACAUCCAGACAGUAAGGGAUUACAAUAAUCCAACCUAGAGGUGACAAAAGCAUGAACUAAUUUUUCUACGUCAUGUAUUGACAUUAAAUAUCUUGGCAAUAUUUCUGAGGUGAAAGAAGGCUAUCCUAGUAAUAUUAUCUAUAUGAGCUUCAAAUGAAAGACUGGAAUCAAUAAUCACACCAAGGUCUUUUACUGCUGCACAACAGAAAGGCCAUCCAGAGUUGCACAAUUGUAUCUUUCAGUAAAGCUUUCUGAUUACAUCAUUGAAAAAGACCAGGUGAUUUUUCCUCUAAUAUUCAACUGUCCAGUGUAGGUGAGUCUGCCCAUGAUCGCCUCAAACCCCUGUUCUUGGCUGACGGGAAUGGAACCUCUGCUGUUGUAGCCCAUCCACUUCAAGGUUUGAUGUUUUGUGUAUGCUGAGAUGCUUCUCUGCUCCCCACGGUUGUAGAGUGGUUUGGGCUGCUAUAUCCUUCCUGGUAGGAAGGAUAUUUUGUGUUUUAGAUUUGUGCUAGAUACUGUUGUAUGUAAUGAUAGGUAAAAAAAGAUAAUCACCAAUGCACUGUCAUCUAAUUAUUACAGCCUAAUACUGUAGUGGGACUGAUGCCUGAUGUUGUCCCUACAAUAGGUAUCCUUUAUGUUUAAAAGUAGGGUCAGUUACGCAGAAGUCUCUAAGAUCGCGGCUGUGUAUCAGAGCGCUGUGUAAUUUUGGCGAAUCGUCGAUUCUCGUUUUAACCCACCGCUAAAGCUUUAUAUUUUAUUUUGGAGAAUACUUCAAAGAGGAGAUGGCUGUCUGUCAUAACAGUAAGUGUUUUGUUUUAUUUUUAUUAUUAUUAUUAUUAUUAUUAUUAUUACACAUAGUUAAGAAUUUUUUAUUUAUAAACGAAUUUAUGGGUUUAUUGUGGUGAAUAAAACAAGUAUCUAACGCUACAGGUGAUGCUGACAUUGUGUCUAUCCCGGACAUCGUAGACGAAAUCAAGUUUCUGAACAAGGCAAGCGGUACGUACGUUGUUAUUCUUUAUAAGUGUUCGAUCCUAUGUAUGAUGUGUAUGUGUUUAAUGAUUUUACACAAAGGGUCGAACACAGAAGUCCCGCGAGUCAGGUUGGGAAAACCCCGUGUUGGGUAAGAUCUGUAAUAAUGAGAUAUUUAGCUGGUAUGUUUAAAAGCGGUUUAAGAUGUUCUCUUGUGUAUUGUGUUCGUUUGUUUACUGUUCAAGGCUUGUCAAAUCUUGUAAACAAGAUCACUGCACCCAAGUUCAAAAAUAGUGCUGCGGUUUCUACUGAACGCGGUAUACCAACGAGCUCUGGAAAGGCCAAGCGCAAAACAGUCGCUCAGGUCCACAGCGCGGGUGUCGCUACAUCUAAACGAUCAAGAUCUCCCCCAUGAUCGACAGAUGAGUCAGCUGUGAAUGAAUGAACCGCGCGCUAUAGACUCUUGUUUGAACUGGAAUCAGGAGCUGUUUGAUUCGUGGGACGCAUGUGUGUUUACCCCGGUUCCUGGAGACGAUCCGCUUUCAAACCAAGAAGCAUUUGGUCGCGAGGCUACUGUUAUAGACAAUAACAGAGACUCGGUGGAGGUGAUACGAACCGGGUUCAAGGCCAUCGAGGAUCGUAUUGCUGGAUUUGAAAAGACUUUUGCUAGCGUCACCGAGCGUCUGGACAUUAUAGAGAAGAAUCAGCGUCUUUAUAAUCAAAGUGUUGUGGAAACAUUACAAAACCAUACCAUCACACAUAAACAAAUCAUAGCAACCCAGAAUCUUCUUGUUGGGGAGAUUCGUCGCGUUGAUCACAAUCAACACCUGACGACGGAAUUGUUAAAACAGCUUGUACAUCUGGUUAAAAACUCGGGUGAGUUGUACAAUAAGUAUUUUAUACCCCUUUCUCUCUGUGUGUGCGUGUGCGUGUGCGUGUGUGUGUGUGUGUGUGUGUGUGUGUGUUUAUUUGCUGGUUCGUAUCGGGUUUACUGUGAUAUUUUUUAUUUUAAAAAAUUUUUUUUUUUUAACUAGUUUCUGUUUCCAUUCAAAAAAAAAAAAUCUGUAAAAAUGUCAAAACGGUGUAGUGAAAACUCGUGUAAUCUGGGAACUGCAAUUAAAUUUAGAAGAUGCGACGAUGAUGGUCUGUAUACUUUUGAACAGCGUGGUAACACAGACGUUACAGGGUUUAAUUCGGACAAUGGAGGAUCUGAAUAGACAGCAGUCUACCACUGAUACUUUUGUUGGACUUAUUAAACAGUGUUAGAUCAAUGGCUGAGGUUCAAACAGAACCAAUGCUUAAUUCGUUGUUGGACAUCGGUUCAAAUUCGUUGUUAGACAGCGAUUCAAAUUCACAGCAGGUGGGGUCAGACAGUCAAUCGUUUAAUCCUUCGGAGCCAAAUUUUGGGUUAUCCGAAGCCGCUAUUGAGUCUAUCGUAAGACAGGGUGGGUCUGUUGGUGGUUAUACAGUGGUACCGAGACACAGAUUUAAUGGUUUGGAGAUACGGCGUCGUAUAAACAUGCGUGUGAUAACCGCUCCAGACCUGGCAGCAUACGCUAUAUUUCUGCAUGAUAUCAUGUCUGAAAUAGUGUCGUUUUCCAGACUGCUGGCCGGCGAUGGGGGCUUAAUCAACAUUACCUUGAGAGGCCCUAGUCUACCCUCUGACGUUAACGCUGUCAUGUCACCUGAUAACGAUUGCGAUUUGCACAUAUUCACACAACAACUAGAGAACAUUAUGCAAAGUAAUUCUGACAUACGGGCUGAUGAAUGUCUAGAUCUGAACAUGUCUAUAGCUCGCGGUAAACACGGUGGUGCUUAUCGAAAGAUACGUGAUUUAGCUCAUAACGAGGUGAUUGCCAGAAACAGAAUGAAUCUGUUCUGUCCCAACAACAUAUCUAACAAUCUGUGUUUUGCGAUCUGUCUGUCCCAUUUUCUACAACCGCAUACACCAUGUAGUGAACUUGAGUCGUUAGCCGCGUCUCUACAGAAAACUGCAGGGUAUUCGGUACAACAAAAGAUGGGGUUUAAUGACAUCAAACGGUUUGAACAGUGGUUACAUGUUAAAAUAGUGAUGUUCCAUAGGACAUGUUCUGGUCUGUUGGAACACUUUAUGAACAAUGACGAGCCUCAUAAUAAGACCGUGUUCUUGUAUCUACGCGACGAAUAUUAUUUCUUGAUUAAGAACCUUAAAGCAUUCGUUGGUACACCAUACGUGUGCGAAUACUGCUAUCAUGAUUUUACUAGCCGUAGAGACCACAGGUGUAAAUACGUUUGCGAUGUAUGUAAUGCACCUGAUUGUCAUAAAUACGUUGGCAAAACGAGGCAAUGUCACGAUUGUUUGCGGUACUGCAGAUCAACCUACUGUUACAACGCGCAUAAACAAACACAAACAGGACAACAGUACGCUCAGUGUAAUGUCACUAAAUACUGUCAGAAAUGUAAUAGGCGAUAUCACGUCAACGGAGCCGCACUGAAAAAACAUGUGUGCCCUGUAGAACACUGUAUCCAUUGUAAAGCUGAAUUGGUUAAUGACGGAGUACACCAAUGCUUCAUACAACCGAUAAAAAUGGAACCACCUAGCGACAAAUACAUUUAUUAUGAUUUUGAGACACAGCACACGGACGAUAAACACGUAGCAAAUUUCGUAUGCGCCAUUACAUUUAAAGGGGAAGAGUUCACAGCCGCUGGUACAGACUGUAUAGAUCAACUUGUUAAAAAGUUUAGACAGCCUCAUUAUCAGAAUUACACAUGGGUUGCACACAACGCUUCAGGGUUUGACAAUUUUAUACUAUUGGAAUAUUUUGCAAAAGCAGGGCUAACACGCCAAUUUACAAUGCAAGCUGUCGGAUCAUUUUAAUGUAUGAUAAGACAUUCAAGCAACGUUUCAUCGAUUAGCUACUCUUUCAUCCCUAUGCGUCUGUCCAUGACAUCCGUCGCGUUAAAUCUAACCUGUGCUGAGAAAGGUCAUUUUCAACAUCUGUUCAAUAGAACAGAAAAUGAAGACUACGUAGGCCCAUACCCUGAUAAGCAUUUCUACGGCUAUGAGACAAUGUCUGACAAAGAGAGGGCUCUUUUUGAUGAGAGGUAUGUUACGGUGUCGGUAAGGUUUUUGAUUUAAAAAAAAGAGCUCGCCAUGUACGGCAAGAACGAUGUCGUUUUGCUUCGUGAGGCAUACAUGAAGUACCGUGACGAGUUCAUACAAUGUACCAAACUCGACCCAUUCAGAUACACCACUUUAGCAGCGUGCUGCAUGGCCGUGUACAAAACCCACUACCUACCAAAAGACACCCUAGCUCUGACCCAUAAGAAUGCAUACACAAAUCAGAACAAGACAUACUCAGCCAUUUCCAUUGAAUGGCUUGAAUAUGUCAAAACAACACGUGGGUAAAUAUUCAGCAUGCUUUAAAUCAUGGAGAGAUGGUGGUUGGAAAAUAUCAUCUCGACGGUUAUUAUGAAAAGGAUGGUUUCAAAUUCAACAGAUGCAUGUUUCACGGGCAUGAAUGUCGUUAUAACCCAAACCAUUUACAUCUGUUAUCAAAAGUGCCCUACGGUUUGCUCGGAAGACAGUUUGAUGAUAAGGUCGAAAUUUUGGAAAAUGCGUAUGGUCUCGAUGUUGAGGUGAUGUGGGAAUGUGAUUGGAAUAACGCUAAACAGAAUGAUGUCGCUGUAAUGGCAUUUAUGUCCACUUACACACAUCCUGAACGAUUGAAACUGCGCAAUGCACUAUUUGGUGGUCGUACUAACGCGUACAAAUUGUAUCACAAAGCCGACAAUAGUGAAAAAAUACAAUAUGUCAACUUUACAAAUUUGUACCCCUUUUGCCAGGCCAAAAAAUGUUACCCCAUAGGACAUCCACAAAUAAUUUUCAAGGAUUUUGAACCUCUUGAAAAUUAUUAUGGGUUUCUCAAGGCUACAGUACUGCCACCACGAAAACUGCUUCACCCCGUCCUUCCCUAUAGGACCGGUGGUAAGCUUAUGUUUCCACUUUGUCGUACAUGCGCCGAACAUCAGAAUCAGACAGACCCGUGUGGUCAUCCUGAUGAGGAAAGAGCUAUUUCAGGGUGUUGGGUCAGCAUAGAGCUGUUGAAAGGUGUGGAAAAGGGUUAUAUUGUAACGGACGUGGACGAGGUGUGGCAUUUUCCACAACGGUCAGAAACUUUGUUUUGUUAUUGUUAAAACAUUUUUACAAUAUAAACAAGAGGCCAGCGGUUUCCCCGCACAUGUUAUGACAGACGCAGACAAGGAAUCCUACAUCUCAGACUACUUUGAGAAAGAGGGGAUUAAGAUGGACGUCGGUAAAAUAAGUUGCAACCCAGCACGGCGUUCUAUUAACAAACUUCUGCUGAACUCACUUUGGGGUCGUUUCUCCAUGCAUGAAAUCUUGCCAUGUACAGGGUUAAUUUUGGACCCGGAACAAUUUACACAGCACAUAUUCGGCGACGGGUAUGAUGUUAAACACUUUUCCUUCGUUUCAGACAGCGUGGCUCUAAUUCAGUGGUGUUAUGCGGAUGGGAAAGGGGGGCAGACUCGCGACAUCGACAUCUUUCUUGGGGCUUUCACAACAACUCAUGCCCGUCUAGAACUUUACGAAUUAAUGGACAAAUUGGGUGACAGGCUGUUGUACAGUGACACAGACAGUGUAAUCUUUACAUCUAGAGAGAACCUCCGUCGGGGCCCUAUCUCGGUAAUUUAACUGACGAGGUUGGAGCUGGUGAUCAUAUUGUAGAAUUUUGUUCAGGCGGCCCGAAAACAUACGGCUACCGCACUGCGAAGGGUAAGGUAUGCAUGAAAGCCAAAGGUGUCAUGCUCAACGCAGUAAAUUCAAAAGCCAUUAGAUUAGACACCCUGAUUGGACUUGUCGAUCACUACGUCGUGGGGGAGGAUAAUAGUCGUCAUAUACUGGCAUACACAGAUACCAUUGUACGUAAUAAAAAACAAUUCACACUACACAACAGGUCAGUUGUUAAAAAGUUUAAGGUUGUGUACAACAAACGCGUACUGCUCCCAGAUUUCACAACGAUCCCAUAUGGCUUCUGACAAUCUUUUUGGACAUAGGGGUGUGCGAGACACAGAGGGGUUUGAUUUCUGAUUACAUCACCCUUUUUCAUGUGUGAUAAGCGGACCUUCAAACUCGGAAGUCAUAUUUUGUAAAAAAUGUUGUUGCAAAAUGCUGUACAUUUGAUUUCUAAAAAAAAUGAAAAUAUUGUGUAUAUUUAUGAUUGUUGGCAACCGUUGUAUGAUAAAUUGUUGAAAAUGUACAAAAUAAAAUUUGUUGAAGGAUUA